UAUAGUGCGGAUACUCUUUCUCUUGCCGUGGCUCGUGUUUUGCUGAGUGAACUCAUCCCUGGAGAUGGAGUACGGAGGCGGAGCUCCUGUCCCUUCAAUGUCGCAGUGGCUGCACGCCGCUCUGUCAGACAUCGAAGCGAAGACGCUAUAUAUGCUGAAUCUCAUACAAUGCGACUGGGAGACGUACCACGAGCGAGUCGAGAGGCACUACAGGAGGAGGCCGGAGCUCGCGGAGAUGCUGAAAUCCUGGCACAGAUCUUACUGCUAUUUGGCACAAAAGCAUGACGAGCUCUGGUCCCUUUACGUUCAAAUCACGACCGUUCAAGCCGAUUCUUACCCAGAAGACCCAGAUCUUACGGUUGAAACAGGCGAACUGGACCACCUUAAUUGCGCGACAGACGGGUCGCCGGGCACUGCUUUCCUCGAGUUCGCCGGAGAGACGAAAGAGAGGGAAGAGAUUGAGAACGGAGGCGAAGCUUCUGGCUCUUCAACGUUGCAGUGGCUGCACGCCACUCUUUCAGACAUCGACACGAAGAUGCAACGCAUGCUGAAUCUCAUAGAAGGCAACGGGGGGACGAUCCCGGAGAGAGCCGAGAGGUAUUACAGGAGGAGGUCGGAGUUUGCGGAGAUGCUGAAAGACUGGCACAGAUCUUACUGCUAUUCGGCACAAAAGCAUUACGAGCUCUGGUCGCGUUACGUUCAAGUCACGACCGUUCAAGCCAAGUGUUACCCAGAAGACCCAGAUCAUACGGUUGAAACAGGCGAACUGGACCACCUAAAUUGUGCGACAGACGGGUCGCCGGGCACUGCUUGCCAUGAGGUCACUGGAGAGACGAAAGAGAGGGAAGAGACAGAGAACAGAGGCGAAGCUUCUGGCUCUUCAAUGUCGCAGGAUCUACACGCCACUCUUUCAGACUGUGACGCGAAGAUGCAACACAUGCUGAAUCUCAUAGAAGGCGAGACGGAGACGUUCGCGGAGAGAGCCGAGAGGUACUACUGGAGGAGGCCGGGGCUCGCAGAGUUGCUGAAAGACUGGCGCAGAAAUUACUGUUAUUUGGCACAAAAGCAUGACGAGCUCUGGUCCCGUUACGUUCAAGUCAUGCCCUCAUCAUCCUCCAACGGAGCCCAACAUGCCGAUUCUUACCCAGAAGACCCAGAUCUUACGGUUGAAACAGGCGAACUGAACCACCUAAAUUGUGUGACAAACAGGUCGCCGAACACCGCUUGCCAUGAGGUCGCCGGAGAGACGGAAGAGAGGGAAGAGACAGACGAGAAAGGCAAAAUGACGAGCGAGCAACUCACGGAGAUGCUUAUGGCGAUGCGGCCCGCGGUUUUAAGGAGGGCGCGCGAGGUGUUGGUGGCCGAGCUUGUAAGUAGGAUCGAUGAGAAGAGCCAAAAAAUGAAGAGGCUUGUUUCCCUGAUCAAACGACUCAGGAAUGAGAACGCCAGGCUGAAGAACCGCUUAUCGGCCCGCGAGGUCGGCGCGCAGCGAGAGCAGGAGCCGGAGCCAGAGCCAGAGCCGGAGGAGUCUCGGCUUUCGAAGUUGAAAGGGUUCAUCCUCGAGAAAUUCUUUCCUUAGCGAACUCAGUCUUAGGAAAUACCAGUUAGGUCAAGAAUAGUCUUGAAGUUUGUUCAA